AUGUUCGCCCGCGCCGCCGCCUUCUCCGUCCUCGCCCUCGCCCUCUCCGCGGCCGCGACCCCGGUCCGCCGCGGUAGCUGCAACACCGGCGCCGUCCAGUGCUGCAACUCCACCCACGACAGCUCCGAGACCGCGAUCUCGACCCUCGUGAGCCUCCUCGGCGUCGACCUGAGCGGCAUCACCGGCAAGGUCGGCCUCCAGUGCUCGCCCGUCUCCGCCGUCGGCGUCGGCAGCGGGAGCUCCUGCUCGGCGCAGGCCGUCUGCUGCCAGAACAACAACAUCGGCGGUCUCAUCUCCGUCGGGUGCCUCCCGAUCACGCUCUGA